AUGUUGCUUCGUCUACCCACUUUAUCCCUGUUGGGUCUCGCGGCUGUGGCAUCAGCAACAAACACACCGAAGGACUUCUAUCUUGUCACAAGUUCAAGCCCCAUCUCGUGUCCAAAUUCUUCAGACUUACCAAACGCAUCUGCAAUAUCGACCUUCGAUCCAUACUACCAGGAGGACUAUCUCCUUCGAACGAUUGGCCCGGGUUACAAUAGCUUGCCCGUGUUCAACCUCAAACGGGGAAAUCUUGUUACUAUCGCAAGCCUGCCACACGGUGGCCCAGUAGCGACAUUUACCACGAAACGACCACAAGAUGACACCGAACUUAAGUUCCAUCCGUCGCCCAACACAUCUAGAGGGCCAUUGACCAUUCGAAAUGGCCUCAUAGGCUACCAUGGGAUCAUUAACCGCUGGUUCACCUGCCCCGGCGAUUUUGGAGAAUAUGUUGUCACAUAUAAGGGAGUAAAACCAGGAUGCACGCAGGUCUACCUUCACGCAGCAUCUCAUCCGCCUUACUGA